GGCCUCCGCAAUGAAUUACGCUUCGAACACACCGACUGUGUCAUUGCAUCACUGCUGCAUAACAUUUUGCGCAGCUAGGCAACUAUACUGAUGCAGGUACCUUUUGCAAAUGGUCGCAUGCGGUUGGACACAUGGAGGAGAGAAUCAUUUUCGCAGUAUCCUCAAAACCGUGUCUUUUUGACACAACUGCUGACAGCUACAGGGACAUAAACACAAAAAAUGCUGCUUGGAGACAAGUGUCCACGAUAGUAGGAUUGCCAGGUCAGUUUAGUAGUGAGCUUGUGCUAGAUGUGGCUAGUUAGCGUUAGCUAGCUAGCUAACCUAGCUUGCUAACCUAGCCAAUGAGGUGUGUGUGAAAGAAAUAGUCAUACCACCUUCCUCAACGUUGGUCUCAUUGUUGAAAGAGCCUACUCUGCCUAUCUUGACUAUUUAUUAUUGCAUUUCGCUCCAAAACUGCAUUUUGGAGGGAAAUUAUAUUAUAGGCUCUCACAAUUAAUUUGAGGAUGUCAUCGAAUAAAUAAUAUACUUGGCAAAUAAAUAAAUAAAAAAUGUAAAGAAAUUAUGCAAUCAAACUGUUUUUAUGUAAUCCCACCUUUUUACUGAAUAUGUGCAAAAAAAAAAAAAUCUACAUUCAUAUUUUGCUACUUUCUGUCAAGUCCACUCAUACAAUUUUAUGCAUACGUUCGAUUUAUCGAACGUAUGCACCACACAGAACGCACUGCAACUGCCUCUGCAACGCAAUGCUGCAAGGCAAAUGCAGCGUUCCAUUGGAAAUGAAUGUACUUCUGGUGUAUCGAAACGCAAUUUCGCAGUCGGUGUGUUCGAAGCGUUAGACAAUUAUCUAAGAAGGUGGGACAGUGGACACAUGUGAACUGUAAUAACAUCAUAAGUGACCGAUAUUGAACUGCCACCCUUGCCACUUGGUGAAACCGCUAGCACAGUAGCUAUCUCAUGCAGCUCCAUCCCCCGAUGUCCAGGGGACACAAUUUGUCACAGGGGCUACCUCAGGGAUUGGCAAAGCUUACGCAAAUGAGCCGGUCAAAAGAUAAACUCCACAUUGUCGCCAAGGAAAUUGAGAGCCAACAUGGACGCCAGACCCAGAUCAUCCAGACAGACUUCACAGAGGGCCAUGACAUCUACCCUGCUAUAGCUGAGGCACUACGGGACCUGGACAUAGGCAUCCUGGUUAAUAAUGUAGGCAUGAACUAUUCUGACAGGCUGGUACAUUUCCUGGACAUUCCCAACCCUGAGCAGAUUUUUGUGACAUAUUUUUCCAGAUCUCUGAAUUCAGAGUACAAGUCACAGGGAAUAACAGUUCAGUGUGUGGCUCCCUUUAUGGUGUCCACUAACAUGACCCACAACUUGCCCCCCAACCUGUUGUUGAAGAGUGCCAGUGCUUUUGCCCGUGAAGCUCUGAACACAGUGGGUCACUCUAGCUACACUAGCGGCUGUGUCUCUCACGCUCUUCAGCACAUUGCUCUGUCCAUUUUCUUCCCUGAUUGGCUGCGCCUUUCAUCCUACUGUGUGAAGCAGACAGAGACAUUUGCAAAGAACAUGGAGAAAAAAAUUGAUGAAAUGACAGAACGUUCUGCAAGCAAAGAGGACUAAGGAGUGCAAAGGAGGUUGCUACUGAAACGUUUGUGGUGCUUUAAAGAGGUCAUAUUGGAAAUUGAUAUGAGAUGUUUUACUUCAUAUGUAGAUAACUAAUUGAUCAAUGUUACUGUUUUUGCAUUGACUGCCAUUUAAAGGUAUUGGUAAUAGGAAAGAGAUUGUGUAAUGUUGAUGUGUUGUUAACAAGCUGACCCCAAAUCCAUCAGGAACUAUAUAGCCUGAGUGCAGCAGAGUAUGAUCUGUGGGAGACGCAACUCUCAAACAUGCUUCUAUAGUACAUAUUCUAGCUAUAUACAUAUUAGGGAUAUAGACUACAACAGUAUAACUGAAUGCUUGGACAUGUGCAUGUUCUGGUUGAUUUGGACUUUUAACAUAGUACAAUUUUUGGUAUCAACCGUCACAUUUUUGUGAACUCUAUUUUCUUAAAAAUAAAUACAAAGACAAUUA